CAUCAGUAGAGGAAAUAUGUUUAGAAUUAUAUACAGGGUGACUUUGAAGUUGAGUUAUUAAUUUUCAGAUAAUGAUUGUAGAAGGAAGAUAAACCAAAAUAUGUGUGUAAAAAUAAAAAAAAAUUAAAAAAAAAUUUACCUUGUUUUAUAAAGUAUCCUCCCGACAAGUAUUUCAGUGCGGACCUGUAUUUGAUCGUGAGGUCUUGGAGCACCGGCAUGCCGUCCCCUGUGAUGUCUUAAGUCACCUGAUUCACGAGCCCGUUGUACUACAUUAACAAAGGCACGAGGGGUUGGUUGCACUCGAUUGGGAAACCGAUCCGCAUAAACAUGUGCCAUUUUUGAUUUCGUUUGAGCCACGCAACAGACACCACUAUUCACUCACGCGUUACCGACUGACACUGACUGUAUACGUAUACAACUGAAUAAAGUAAUUGUAAAAACAUCGUUCCAAAUUCUUUCGCUCUUUUGUUUCCGAUGCGAUGAACCGAUAAGGCGGAUUAUAUCGGUUGUUGCCAAGCACGAGCACAUAUUAUUAUUGAGACAGGGCGGUACUCAAACUUCCAAGGGGCUAUAACUUUGUUACUUUAAUUUUACCAGAAAAAUGGUAAAGGAAAACAACAUUUCUUUUGAUCAGAUCUACUCACUGUUAAAAUAAAUGACUCAACUUCGUCACCCUGUAUAGAGAGACUUUUUCAAUCUGACGCCACAGCACAUUUCAGAACACAUGUAUUUACAAUGCAAUCAAAUUAUGCAUUUGCAUAAAAAAGCUUUUAUUUGUAUUCAAAGAAUCAAGGAUUAACGAGAUUUUCAUAUUGGGCGAUUCUCAUUUUAAGAAAGUGAUAGCUGUUACCGCAAAAUGCUAAAGAAAGGUACAUCAUCACGAACACCCUUUUGUAACGACCUGUUUGUAAAAAUAAUUAUAAUUUGUUUCUAGUCGAUUUAAUAUAGCAAUUAUUACAGACCCUAAUUAAAUACUAUUUACAAGGGUGUUGAGCUAUUUCGGUGUACUUGUAGAUACAGUGGCUCAAAAACCAAGAAACAUAUUUAUUUUGCAAUAAUAUCACGAAUUUGCUAUUCCAGGCUAGAGCUACAGAUAAACUGAAAGUCACUAUAUACUACGAGACACUGUGCCCAGCGUGCAUGAAUUUUAUUUUAACUGGCUUGUAUCCAGCUUACUCGGAACUCGGGAGUUACCUAGACUUAGAAAUGGUCCCUUACCAGUGGUGUCGUGAAUCUGAAGGUGAAUGGACUUGCAUGUGUCAACAUGGCAACGACGAAUGCCUUGGUAAUACGUAUGCUAGCUGUGCGUUUGCUAACUAUACAACCAAGGUAGCUUUAGAGUUCAUACAUUGCGUAGAACAAGAGGUUGCUCCAGACGAACCGAUGCCGUUAAAACAAGUACUGAUAGGGGAUUUUUCAACAAUCACCAGAAAUUAGCCAUUAAGAAAUAAGAGUGUGCAAAACAAGCAAACAUAUCUUAUGAAGACUUGAAGCAGUGCGCAGAAACCGAAGGUUUGGAAAUGCUCAUAGCUGCUUUCAAGAAAGCACAGGACUUUAAACUACCAUACCUGCCCUUCACCUCUUUUAAUGACAAGUUCGAUAGGUCUGCUAGCAUUGAAGCCUUCAAGGACUUCAGGAAGGCUGUGUGUAGACGUCUCUCAAACCGUCCUAAAGAGUGUUCUACUGAGUGAAAUAUAUAUUUCGCUGUAGAAGCAUUCCUCUUGUACGCUCCUAUAAAUACCCAAUAAAUGAUACAAUGAAAAAA